GUCAGACUAGACUCAUUUUUUUUUUAAAUCACUGCACAGAGUAAUGUAGUCUUAUGCUGUCUGAAAUCCGUGUCAUUCGCUGUCCUGAGUAACCGAGUAAGAACGUCAAGGUCUAGUGUAUGUAAAGGACAAAAGAAAGUAUUUUUCUAUCAUGAAGUUCGGCAUCUUGCUUUUGUGUCUGCAAGUCGAUCUCGUACUAGCACAAGGUGGAAAUAUCACAUGCUCUGUACCAGUCGUGGAGUUACUACAGGAUACUAAUCUGACCUGCAGUUUCCCCGAAGACCUCAAUGUUACCAAAAAAGACUUUUCAGUCUACCAUUACAAUAAAGGAGUAGACUCAGAUGCUGUCCUCGACUGUUGGUGGCAUGGAGGUACCAUGGAGUGUAUUCAAAGUCCGAAUGUCCAGUAUAACCAGAUCGUCAAUAAAACACUUAGUUUAACAAUCCAAAGGGUGACUACAAACAAUACAGGCAUAUACGCUUGUCAAGUGGCUGGCUACGACCCGAGUUAUUUUAAAACCUGCGACUUACAAGUUAAGAUUGUAAAUGUAGAAACCACACAAACAGCUGACCAGAGUGUUUCUUCUUCGGCUGUUGGGCUCUCCGUGGGAGUUCUGCUGGGAGUUCUACUGUUGGUUACAUUGUUUGGGCUCGGUAUACUAGUAUAUAGAGGAACUAUCAGGAUUGUGAAAGUGGUUUGUAAAUCUCAUGCUUCACAGCCAAACGAAGAACAUCAGCCGAUGAUACAAAUCCAAGAGAAAAGAAAGACACCGAACCAGAAAGAAAUAAGAAAGAGAAUGUUUGAAGAAUAUUUGGAGAAAGAAGUAUCAAAUAUGUUUCCAAAAAUAUUUGAGUCGGCAUAUUUUGUACCUCCAGUCUACUUCAACAAAAUUCGAGAGAAACAACUGGAUGUGGCCGAUCAAACCGUCACCGUGCUCGAACCUCCUGACCCAGUGGAUGUCCGACACGACCGAGCCAUGCAGCACGUCCUCAACUGUUAACAUGACGUGGCGAUGGCAGGAGUAGAACAAAUGUUUGUGCUCACCCAGUUUAAAUACACUGACUACCUGAAUAGUAUUCCAGAGCAGUUCAAAGGUCACCUGCUACCUGUGCCUUCUCUUGUACACGAACACCAGCAAAACCGGAGUUUUGACUUACUUAUCAUUCAUCGACGAUAUGGUGUGAUGGUUGGAGUUGUGAGAGAUUGUAGCAAUAAUGGUGACGAAGGUCAGCCUGACAAUGAUACAGAUACAAUUAGGCUAAGCCAAGUAUCAGAGGCCACCGAACAAUUAAAUACAGCAAAAAGAUUUGUCUCUGAAGUUAUGUCAGACAAAGAAAACUUUCCCAAAGUUCGCCAGGUCUUGCUAUUGUUCGGCAUUGCACAUCCAACAGUGGAAAGUCUUCCUGACAAUAAUCAGAGCCCAAAUGAUCUUCGGACGCUAUAUCUCGAAAGUAUUCCUGACUGUCUGGAACCUAAUUCCUGCCUUGUCAAGGAGAAGUUUAAAGAAGAGUGGGAUAAACUGGCAACGGAAAGUCGACACAUCUUUGCACUUAAUGAGAAGCAGUACUUAGGGUUAAUAGGGAGAUUUUGUGGACCAGCAACUUCGACUGUUCUUUCAAUGGAAUCGAAAUCAUAUCAGUUGCCAAAAACCCUCAGGGACGCCGUGUCAUUAACAGGAGAUAUGUUUGAGCGAUCUUUUUUAUAUCCAAACAUGACAAAGUUACUAAAUGAGCGUUUUUUGUUCCUUGCUGGACCACCUGGAACAGGAAAAACGAGAAUGCUAGCACUGGUGGGAAGAAAAUGGGUUCUUGAGGGUCAUCCAGUGCACAUAAUUAGCACAUCGCCGGGGGGUGAAAAAGUUGCAAAGCAUCUAAAGCAGCUAAUCUCCAGUUCAGAAUCUCCAGAACCUAAAAACGUAUUUCAUCUAACCCUCAACUUAGAUGACACUACGAAUGUCACAAGUAAACUUGAUUUAAUUCAACAAAAUUCACAUGAAAAUUCACAGGAAGCCUAUGUCAUCGCGGUCGAGCUGAACUUUCAAAUGAGACAGGCCGCUAAAAGAACUCUGGCUCUAGCAGUGAAGUUGGCUUCCUAUGGAUACGGUCUGGUGAAGUCAAGAAUAGACUAUGCAACAUCCCAGCAAGAACCAUCAAAGACGAACAACGAGAUUGGGAUCGACGAUAUCCCACCUACAGAAGAGAAUAUUCAGAGGAGGAAAAGUGUCGCGUCCCUCUUUACGGAGCUUUGUCGUCGUUUCCCUAAUCUUUACAUGUGGGGCGCUGGCUGCACAGAACUGGACAUCCAAAGCAAAGUGCCAGUCCUGCGGAUGGAGUUGCUCACCGAAUGUUUAACUUGUCCUCCUUCAGUUGUAAGAGAGGCGUCUGAGAAGAUUCGGAUAUCCGGGGUGGGAAAAUACACUGCAAACCAGUCUCAUGUACCAACCAGUGGUCCACCAGUGAAACACUUAAAUCAUCAAGAACAUCUCGUGAAAAAUCCACCACAAGAGUGUAUAACAUGCGCAACAGACAUCAUCAACUUCUUAAUCAACGAUCUUCUCAUCAAAGAUAAAAACAUCAAAGAAGAAGUCGAUACACAAGAAAUACUCACCAGUCACCUAUUGCAAUCUGAUCCUAUUCAAUACAGUGACAUCUUAAUUUUCUUUGAAAGUGAAGUAAACGUAGACACACCAAUGGUGCAGUAUCUGUUGGCUGAAGGUAUACCGGUUACAGUUAUUAACCACCCAAAUCAGUCUACGGAAGUCACGCAAGACAAAAACUCCGUUUUGGUAGCAAAAUCCAGCCUGUAUCUGGGAUAUAGAAGAAAGGUGGUGGUGUUUGUGGAGGGCGAUACAGACAGUAACGACAUCACUGUCAGAUGGAACAGGUUGCGAUGCUGGACUUGCUGCACUUCACAGCUGAUCCUGGUGCACAACGUGAAGACUUGAAGGAUUCCCUUUUCCAAUCAAUCAAAUGAUCUGAUUUCACAUAAUUUCUUAGUUUCUCUUUGUCUCUCUAACUUUUUUAGGAUUACUAUUUAUUUAUGAGUUUGCAAACGAAAUCCGUGCACAGCGCCUAGAUAGUAUUUAGCUUAGUCUAAAGCUAUUCCAGUCAUUUCUACUUUUUUGCAGAUUACAUUGCUCUAUUUUCUGUUACAUUGGUCGGCUUACAAAACCAGAUAAAUUUUUAUGCAGAACAGAAAAAAAAUUGGACCUAAUUGUAAAUUUGAAGAAAUCUAACGUGGUGGUUUUUUUUUCAGGAACGUGGUCGUGUUGUUAGAAAAGAAGAAUGGUAUUAAGAUGGUGCAAAACUAGAAACUGUUGAUAGUUGUAAAUAUCUAGGAAAAAUUCUGUAAACAUGCUGUGUGUUUUCCAAUGCCUUAAAUGGCUCAACAACAAACGAGGAGUAAUUGGAAUUUGGCGCAUUGAAGAUUGUCAUUCCUUUUUGUUUUUCAAACUAUUCGAUACACAAAUUCAGCAAUUACUCUGUACGGUUCUGAAGUGUGUUGCCUGUGUGUUGACAACAUUAUUAUUGAGAGAAUCCAUUAAUUUGCAUGAAAACAUGUUUUUCAAUGUUAGAGAAAGAAUUCCAAAUGAACUGAUUUAUGGAGAAUGUGGUAUAUACUCAUUGUUUAUAAAGGUACUGGUAUUGAUGACAAAAUUAAUGUAUAUUGUAAUUGUAAUAAAGUAAAGGCACUGUAUGUAGGUAUUUUGUACUUUUACUUGACUCCCAUCCACUCUUACAACAUCGGUUAUAGGUAGGAUCCUACAGAAAAAAGUACAUUGUUAUUGUCAUUGUCAUAACUGUUUUCGAUGUGGUAGUCAUUAUAGUUUUGUUUGUGUGCUUGCACGUUAUCCGCAUUUAUUUUAUUCAAAUCUAUCACAGUUGUUCUAUAUGCCAGACUAAAUAUUGAUAUUUUUAAAGCCACCUAUUAUUUACAUACUGUUACAUUUGAGCAGCUACUGCUUACAUAAAUCUCUUUUAUCUACAACCAUUUCUUUUGCGAAUUUCUACACUGCAAGAUCUUUGUGAAAUAAGGAUAGAGAAGAAUAGCUUAAGUGCAUCAGGUGCUUUGUUUAAUAACAAAAUAGGUCCCUCUAGGACCAGCACAUAAAGAGCUGAUUUGGGGAACAAGACUAAAAUAAAAUAUACGUAAGCUACAGUGCUAACAAGUAGCUUUCCCUAUUACACUCUUCAAUACAAUUGCUACAAUCCUUUCUUGUUCGAUUUUCUCCCUUCACGAUCUUUGCCUAUGGAAUAUGGAUAGGACAGAACAGCUUAAAUGUAACAUGUAAACUCAUUGUGCUAAAACUCUACUUAAAAAUAUUUCCUUUUUAUAAUUAUCACCUUUUCAUAAAAUUAUUUAAACUGAAAAAUUCCGGUCUACUAAGCGAAUCAUAAUGACAUGUGAUCUGUAUAAAGAUACCAAUUAAAUCACUAGACUCUACGAAAGACUAAAUGGAGUGUCAUUAUUAAUUCUAAGAUAAAUAAUUUGCAGACUAAAGUAAUAAAAUCUUAUUAUGCCCACCAUCUGAAUGUUUUUUUGAUUAAUACUUUAAUCAACAAAUAGCAAGAUAUUUUUCUAAGGAACAAUUUCUUCGGACAUUAAUUUGAAUUAUGACCUAAAAAAUCUAACAGAAUAUUAUAUAUAAUCCGAAAUAUGUGUGCUUGUGUGUCUGUUCUUGUGAAUUAGGAGUGGAGGAGGGACCUGCAUAAAUGUCGACACCAAAGUUAUCCUGUACUUGAUCCAUACAAUACCUGUGUAUAUGGUUUGAAUUACUUUAUUACAUAUCCAGUUAUUUGUAUUUGAUGUGAUUAAAAGACGUACAAGUG